UAAAAGACAACUGAUUCAUCUGGUUGCCAUGCUUUUUUUCUUAUCCAAUCAACCAUGAUAUUCAUAGAAAAACAAGAGCCCAAGCCGCCAGCACAUUUGGAACUUGCUACCAGGCCCACUUGCAUCCCCUGUUCGAUAGCGAACAGUGACACUUGCUGUGGCUUGUAUGACUACCUCAAAUCAUUGCGAAUUGUAUAUUCUGAUGGCCUGACUCACAACGAGAUAUCAAGAAGACUGAUUGUGAUGAGAGGGUCUUCAUCUGAUUGAUAACAGGCUGAUCACAGGUACCCAGUGGCAACUGCAGACACCAAAUAUAGAAGGAGAACUUCAGAGACUCAAGGGUUGCCUUGUGCUAGAACAAACACAAACCAAUAGUGACCCUAGCAGCCAAGCUCCACUGGCAGCAAUGGCGCUACUCCGAGAGUCGAUUUUGCUUGCCUUUGUCUUCCUUACAUGUUCAGUUGCUUCUCUGCCACCCACAGCCACAAGCAAUACCACUGAUUACCUCGCACUCAUGCUGUUCAAAUCACUUGUGAAGGGUGACCCAAUGAGAGCCCUGGAAUCAUGGGGCAACCGAUCCAUUCCAAUGUGCCAGUGGCACGGUGUGGCCUGUGGCUCAAGGGGACACCGCCGUGGGCAUGUGGUCGCAUUGGACCUGACCGGGCUCAACCUUCUCGGCACCAUCAGCCCUGCCUUGGCCAACAUCACGUACUUGAGGCAGCUCAACCUUCCACAAAAUCGCUUCUAUGGCAUCCUGCCACCAGAGCUCGGUAAUAUCCAUGACCUUGAGACUCUAGACCUUAGCUAUAACUCCAUUGAAGGUCAGAUUCCCCCAUCACUCUCCAACUGUAGCCGCUUUGUAGAAAUCUUGCUCGACAGUAACAAACUGCAGGGGGGAAUACCAAGCGAAUUCAGCUCCUUGCCUAAUCUCCAGUUACUGAGUCUUAGAAAUAAUAGACUUACUGGAAGACUCCAUUCCACCAUCGGAAGACUUGUAAAUCUGAAAAGCCUACUCCUAACAUUUAACAACAUCACAGGAGAAAUCCCCACAGAGAUAGGCAGCCUUGAGAAUCUCUCCACACUAGAUCUAGGUUCCAAUCAGUUGUUUGGAACCAUCCCUCCUUCACUGGGAAACCUCUCACAUUUAACUGCUCUUAGUUUUUCCCACAACAACCUUGAACAAAGCAUGCCACCACUGCAAGGUUUGUUAUCUCUCAGUAUCCUUGACCUAGGUCAAAACAGCCUGGAGGGGAACAUUCCAGCUUGGAUAGGAAACCUCUCAUCAUUAGUGACUCUAAUUCUUGAGAAAAAUAGUCUGGAAGGGAACAUACCAGAAUCACUAGGGAACCUUGAGAUGCUUACAACUCUUGCUCUGCAAAAUAACAAUCUUCAAGGCCAUGUACCUCAUUCUAUUACAAAUCUAUAUUCGCUUAAAAACCUUUAUAUAGGCUAUAAUGAACUAGAAGGUCCUUUACCUCCUUCAAUAUUCAAUCUUUCCUCUAUUGAAUAUCUUGACUUACAAUUCAACCACCUAAAUGGGUCUUUUCCACCUGAUUUAGGCAACACUCUACCAAAGCUCCAAUAUUUCUUAGCAGAUGAAAAUCAAUUCCAUGGCACAAUCCCACCAUCCCUCUGCAAUGCCUCCAUGAUACAGUGGAUUCAAGCAGUGAAUAAUUUUUUAUCAGGAACUAUUCCUGAUUGUCUAGGAAUCCACCAACAGAAUUUAUCAGUAGUGACAUUUGCGGAGAAUCAGCUCGAGAUAAGAAAUGGUUUCGGUUGGGGAUUCAUGUCUAGCCUGACUAAUUGCAGUAAAUUGUUUCUAUUAGAUAUUGGUGUCAACAGGCUUACAGGCGAGCUGCCAGAUUCAGUUGGCAAUCUUUCAACAAAUAUGAAGUAUUUUAUCACGAACUACAACAGCAUAACUGGAAGAAUACCUGAAGGCAUUGGGAAUCUGGUCAACUUGCAGUUCGUUGAGAUGAACAACAAUCUUUUUGAGGGCCCUAUUCCAGACUCAUUUGGCAGACUCAAGAAGCUGAAUCAACUAUACCUCUCAGGCAAUAAAUUUUCAGGAUCCAUCCCAUCAAGUAUUGGUAACCUUCAAAUGCUAAAUGUACUACAUCUUUUUGACAAUAAGCUCAGUGGAGAAAUACCCCCAAGUUUAGGCAGUUGUCCUUUACAACAGUUGAUUAUCUCAAACAACAAUCUUACUGGAUCCAUACCUAAAGAACUUUUCUCCUCUAGCUUGUCUGGUUCUUUGCAUUUAGAUCACAAUUUUUUAACUGGGACUCUACCGCCUGAAAUGGGAAAUCUCAAGAACCUUGGAGUGCUUGAUUUUUCUGAUAAUAGAAUUUUUGGAGAGAUCCCAUCAUCCCUUGGCGAGUGCCAAAGCUUGCAGUAUCUCAAUACAUCUGGAAAUUACCUUCAAGGAAAAAUCCCACCAUCAAUAGAGCAACUAAGAGGCCUCCAAGUGCUUGACCUUUCACAUAAUAACUUGUCUGGGAGCAUCCCCACUUUCCUUGAGAACAUGAUUGGACUUGCUAGUUUGAAUCUCUCAUUCAACAACUUGGAAGGCAAUGUUCCAAAAGACGGAAUUUUCAGCAAUGCAUCUGCUGUCUCAGUUGUAGGAAAUGAUGGUCUAUGUAAUGGAAUACCUCAACUGAAGUUGCCACCCUGCUCCAACAACUCUACAAAGAAGAAGAAGACAACAUGGAAACUUGCCUUGACAGUAUCCAUAUGCAGUGUGAUUCUAUUUAUCACAGUAGUAAUUGCACUGUUUGUAUGCUACUUUCAUACAAGAAGGACAAAAUCAAACCCAGAAACAUCACUUACAAGUGAGCAACACAUAAGAGUGUCUUAUGCUGAAUUGGUCAGUGCAACAAAUGGUUUCGCUUCUGAAAAUCUAAUAGGAUCAGGAAGCUUUGGCUCAGUCUACAAGGGAAGUAUGACAAGCAAUGGACAACAACAAGAAGUUGCUGUGAAGGUGCUCAACCUGACACAACGUGGAGCCUCUCAUAGUUUUGUUGCAGAAUGUGAGACUCUGAGGUGCAUUCGACAUCGGAAUCUUGUGAAAAUAUUGACAGUAUGCUCAAGUAUUGAUUUCCAUCGUGAUAACUUCAAGGCUCUUGUAUACGAGUUCCUACCAAAUGGAAAUUUAGACCACUGGCUACACCAACGUCCCAUUGAAGAUGGUGAACGGAAGGCACUAGAUCUCAGCGUUAGAAUUAGAAUUGCAAUUGAUGUAGCAUCAGCACUGGAAUAUCUUCAUCAAAGCAAGCCUUUGCCAAUCAUUCACUGUGAUCUUAAGCCAAGCAAUGUUCUACUAGACAGAAACAUGGUUGCUCAUGUUGGAGACUUUGGGCUUGCAAGGUUUUUACAUCAGGAUGCAGAUAAAUCAAGUAGUUGGGCAUCAAUGAGAGGAACAAUUGGUUAUGUUGCUCCAGAGUAUGGCCUGGGUAAUGAAGUCUCAACACAAGGUGAUGUGUAUAGCUACGGCAUACUAUUGCUGGAGGUGUUCACUGGAAAAAGACCAACCGACAAUGAAUUUGGAGAAGGCCUUGGCCUUUGCAAAUACGUAGAAACAGCAUUGCCAGACAGGGUGACUAGUGUGGUGGACAGACACUUGGUACAAGAGGCAGAAGAUGGUGAAGGGAUUGCAGAUAUGAAAAUUUCCUGCAUCAUUUCAAUUCUACGUAUCGGGGUUCAAUGUUCAGAGGAGGCACCGGCAGACCGCAUGCAAAUCAGCGAUGCUCUGAAAGAGUUACAGGGAAUCAGAGACAAGCUUGAAAACAUCUAUGCAUUGAAGGAGCGUAAUUCCACCGACAUAUUCUGAAGUUUCUCCAUUGCAUGCUACCACAUGCCUCCUAUUAGCUAAUAACGAUAGAGACAAUGCGAGACUGCAUCCGCUAUGUCAGUGGGCCUAGCUAUUGGGGAAACAAGGCAACCAAACUCCAAACAGACCUGAGGUGUUGGAGGCCGGUGUCUCUGCAAUCCUUGCUAGUACUCUAUCCCGCUAGUAGGAUGGGGUUUCACAGAAGGAUUGAUCUUCUCUCACAUAAGAGCAUACUACAUUGUAACUGAACUCCCAAUUACUGUAAUGUACUAUGUAUACUAGCACUAAGAACAUGGAUCCAAGGUCUUGCAUGGAUCACCUAAGCUACGGAAAUUUUUAGUUCGCCGAUGUUGGUAAUAAUGUAACAGAAGAUGAGCUGGGAAGGGAAAAU